CGGCGUUACGUAAUGCUUUUUGUUUUUGUUAACACUGCAUCCAUUGGCUAUCUCCUUCAUUUGUUAUGAUUCGCUCCUGUCAUUAUUUACAAUUGCCGACCUAUAUGCGUCUCUUUCGUUUGCACAGUUUUCUUGAUAGGUUUUCAUUUUUAAGUACUCGCGCGACUGAGAGGGAGAAAAACGGGGCCCCAAUGGAAAAAUAUGAACAAUUUUGUGCUCUUAAAAAUUAUUGAUUUUUCAUCGUUAAAAAAACAUCGACGAAGACUAAUUGCAUGAACGCGAUGUGGUGCGAGGUCCUAUCGUUGUUGUACACAAUAUAAAGGUUAUUAGUGAGUCCCAGUAUUAAAAAAUAUACAGUCUAGUCUAAAUAGUUUCUACUUAUUAAUAAUAAUAAUAAUAAAAAAAAAAGUAUUGUAUGUACUUAAAAAUAUAUUUUUACUAAAAGAAAUCUGUGAUACUUAUAUAUGGAACUUUUUCGUGGACUUUUAUACUCUGUGCAAUUUUAAAAUAGACUAUUAUAUUGGCCAAAGAUAAUAUAAGUACUUAAAUAAUUAUGUUUUUACUGUAUUGAUUGAUGUGCCCGAGUUCCCGAAACUGACACAAGAUGGCGUUGCCACCCCAGCAGUUCUGCGUGAGGUGGAAUUCUUAUCAUACAAACCUACAGGCGGUGUUCCCGCGGCUGCUGCUGACGGAGCAGUUCGCGGACGUGACGCUGGCGUGCGAGUCGCGCCAGCUGCGCUGCCACAAGCUGGUGCUGUCCGCCUGCUCCGCGUACCUCGAGCGCCUGCUGCUGCAGAACCCCUGCAAGCAUCCCAUCGUGCUCAUGAGGGACAUGAGAUUCAGUGAAAUGCAAGCACUGGUGGACUUCAUGUACAAGGGCGAGGUGAACGUAACGCAGGAGGAGCUGCCCAGCCUGCUCAAGUCCGCUGAAGCCUUGCAGAUCAGAGGGCUGUGCUCGAGCGACACGUCCGCGUUCACGUCGGAGGCGGGCAAACCUGAGACCAAGGACUACACGGUGGCCAGCGAGGCGCUGGUUGCGCACGCACAGAGUGCCGCCACCAACGGACCGAGCCAGCAGCAGAAACCGGCGAACAGCAGCACGGCGAACGGGCCCAAGAAACGCAAGUCGGAGGAGAGGAGCGAGGUGAAGCAGGAAACGGUGGAGGAGGACGGCCUUUACUACGGCGAGCUCGACAACGACAACAUGGAGUUCAACGAGGACGAGGAACCGGCAAAACCUGGCAGCAGUUUAGGGCAGACUUCCGAAUCGGCGGACUACGCGAUAGCGAAUGUACAGUGUCAAUAUGACAGUCCGUCUGACACGGAACCGGAGAGCGACCGAACUUUGGUGACUUGCGGACCUCCGGACGACCACACCUACGAUACCAGGGAUGAGCCACCAGCUUUUAUUAUACAACAAAUUAAUACUGUACCUUCAACACCACAGCCCCAGAUAGUGACCACGUCGGGUCCAUUCUUGGAGGUAACGCCCGGAUUAGGCCCCGGGUACAUGACGUCAUCGGUCAACGUGAUACACGUGGGCGAGAGACCACAGGUAUCGCAAUCGACGCAACAACAACAAGAGUUCAACAUAACAAAACGGAUUAGACGCAGCGAGGUGGAGUUGCGGCAGGCGGCCGAGUGCGUCAGUAAAGGGUUAACCUUUCAGACUGUCUCGGAACAGUUCAACAUACCGAUAUCAACUAUACGUUUCUUUAUGGCCCGGAAGGGAAUCUUGCCGCGACGUCGACGCGGGCGCAGUACGCAAGUAGCUGAAGCCAUGCACUAGUCCAGAGCCCCCGUUCCACAUGCAGCACUUCAAACUGCCAGACAUGAUAGCCAUGCGGGCGAUAGGUGACGACGAGACGUCUUCGUAAACCUCAUUUUCGCUCAAACGGAACCUGUUCUCGCCCAAAUAGAACAGGUUCUCGCCUAAAACGAACAGUUUCUCGCCUAAAUAGAACUGAUUGUCAUGGAACUGCGGUAAAACUCGUCCAAAUAGAUUGAUGUCUUUCUGGUCUGAUGUUAAUUUUGUGUGAUCUGUGAUUUAUCUCAUUUAAAAGUAUUUUAUCGUUUAUAUGGACAAGGUCAGACGCCAUGUGUUAAUGAUAGAACGUUGAGCGGUAUACGACAGCUGUAAUUAUAAAUGUAAAUGUUUUAGAUAUCCUGUAUAAGUAAGGCCCUCUGUACACGCGUCAACUAGCCUGCAUCUUAAUAGAUGCGAUUUAAAUUCGCUUGUUUUUUACAUCAAUACUCAUUGAAUUGUAUAAAAAUUGUACAAACAAUACAAAACUGUGCAUCGGAAAUUUCUGUCCAACACGUAUCAUACUGAGCCAGUAGUGUGAGUUUUACAAAGAUUUAUGUCACUGUGUGUGACUUUUACAAAUAUUUAAUUUAACGUCAAUAAGUCUGUAUUUUAUUAUUGAAACUUUCUUAAAUAUCAACUAAAGACGCAGCUAAGUUAUGAAUAAAAAUAGUCAAGGUAUAUGAAAUGUAACGCAGUAGUAACGUAAAUCUCUGUCCAACUCACACUAGGGAUUUAGGCAUUAACUCCAGUCACGAGGGAGUCGAUAUGUGUGUAUAGGAAUUAAACGUAUAUGGUUUCUAUGAAUAUAAAUGGUUCGAAGAAUAAAAAGCUUAUAGUGUCUAUAUCAACAGUGGACAAGGAUGUAGCCAAAUAUAGUAUAGGGACAGUUGUGAAAAGUAGAGCGAGUAUUUUUUUGUCCAUUUUUUAAUUUAAGUUGAUAAAACAGGGCAGUGAUGUUCAUAAGAUGGAUUUCGAAUUCAAACAUCAAUGUUAUUAGCCCCCCUCCCGCUCUUCAUUUUGAAAGUGUUGUAGACUGACAAAUUGUAUGAGUUCUUUUUUUGUAUUCGAUUACGAAUUGCCAGUGGUCAUUUUAGAACCAUAAGGAGAUUAAAUAACUUUAAUCAUAUUGUUAUUUGUAUCAUUUAACCCGACCAAUGGGAUGGUACUAUUCCGAAAUAUUAUGACUAAAGAACGAGAUGACUAUUAAAUUCAGCUGGGUUAAGAAUCGAUGACAAUAUGAUUAGCGUAAGGUGCCUGUUAUACCCCCAGCAGGUUUUAACUACACUUUAAAUAUUGUAAUAGUGUAUACAUAUUGCGUUGUGGACGAGAUAGAGAAGGCCUAAUGCGGCAAAAUUGUAAAUAUCUACUAUGUAAUAUAGAAUCUCAAAUAUGUAUAGAAUUAGAUAUAGACUUUUGUUUAAAAUAAUAUUAAGAUGAAAUUGAUAAGAAUGUAUCACGCCAUACAAAGUGGAUGUAGUAGAAGCAGAGUUGGUAGUGAAUUUAAGCGCAAAUUACAGUUUAAUGUUUUUGUAAUUAUUUCUGCAACUGGGUGCAAAUAUGAUAUAAGGCAUAUUGAGAAAAGGUAAAAAAGUAGUAAAAAUUUUAGAAAUGUUAAUAUCGUUUCUUAGCAAUUUUAUGAGUAACUGUUCAUAAUGGAAGUACCUAUCACCGAUCGGAUUUGUUUGUUUGCUAGAAAAUAAACUGUAUAACGGUGAAAAUAAAUUUCAUAAUUUCAACAAGAUCAAUCGAUUGAAUCAGUUACUUAGCUCGACUCUUUUCAAUAAACAAAAGAAUAAUUUAAACUAUUUUAAAUAAUUAAAAACUUUAAAAGGUCUAAAAUUUAAAUGACAUAUUCAUUUAAACAUGUUUUAAGCUCAAAAUUAACCUUAUCCAUUUAUUUUUAUACUAUAACCAUAAGGUUACUGAUUGUUAUUAAAAAAAUAUAUGAAGCUACCAGAAAUGCGGCACUGUUUUUAAACACAUUUUAGCUAUUAAAUAAUUACCAAUCAUCAUCAUCGUAUUUAACACGAUAGGCCAAGCCAACUGACUUGAAAUGUCACUAGUCUCCUGCCAGGAUAUACCUAUUGAUAGCGCAGGCAGGAUUACUAUUUCUUUAUCAUCGCCCAUUACAUAACGAAUCAUUAUGAUAUUUGGCAUACACCUAUCAUAUGGGAUGAAAAAGGGCAUAGGCCACUUUUAUCCAAGUCACGAAUGAAAGUAUUUAAAAAAUCUUUUUAUGUUCAUUAAGGAUAUAACCUUGUAUUAAAUUUCAUCAAAUCUGUCUGGCUUUAAUUUUUUGCUUUAACGACCACUAUUUGAAAACAUUUUAAUGGUAAUAUAAAACAAAAAAUAUUGUAAAAACAAUUGCCUUUAUGUCAUAUGUGCAUUCCGUGAAUACAACAUGUCCAGUGAAAGUAAAGUUCAGUAUCUGAAGGUAGAUUUGUUUUUAAUGAAUUACUUUUACAUUUAUCGUUUCAUAAUCGCCUCCUAUAACUUCCUGUGGUGACACAUUGAAUAAAGACAUCUCAGUAUUACUGUCACUAUAUAAAGACAUAAACCGACUCGCAUUUAUGCUAAUUAUUUUCAUGUUAUGAGAAGAGACCCUAUAAAACAGUGGGAGGUAGAUGAUAUUUCUUUUUUAUCUCAGCGCUUCUAAUAAUUUGGACAUUUUGUUAGACACUUUUUUUAUUUUAUUUGCUUGCCAAUAUUCUAUUAUCAUGUGAAGGUGGCGUCCUCUGGUGUCAUGACAUAUUUGUUGUACAUGUUGCUUGGUUGCAUUUAUACGAUAGAGACUCGUCUUUUGGUAUUGUCCUAUUUUGCGUCUAUAUUAAGUUUUAUUAUUGUAUUUUUUUUUUUUAAUUCAUUUGUAACACAUACACAACAUAAUAAUAGCGAGGCCUUGUCAUGCUUUUAAUAAUAAAUACAAUAGUAUUUUCGUAUCGAAUUUUUUUAACAGGCAAUAUUGUAUAUAAAUGUAUAGUUUAUUAUUUUAGUGUAGAUUAUAGAGCGAUACUUUUUAUAUCGAUUGACAUUUUUUGUUGUAUGGUAUCGAUUUUGUAUCAUUAGGUAUAAGGCACUCUCUGAUACCUAUUGACUGUGUGAGGGAAAAAUGCAAAAAAGGCGUUCAAAAUGAAAACUAAAUAUUGUUGACGAAAUAUUAAUAUAAACAUAACACUUUUGAAAUGCAACAAAAAUUUGUUGUUGUUGCAUUUAUGGCAGUAAGUAAGUAGUAUGUUAGAUACAUAAAUUACCAUUAUGUACAACACUUGUCUUAAUUUUUCAAACAAUCUUGGUCAAUAAAGAAUAGAGAGUUAUAUAUAUAUAUAUAUAUAUAUGUAUAUAGUGGAGACUGACAGUAUGUAGGCAUAAUCAUGCAAAUAUAAUAUAAAAUUGAUAAUUUUUAACGUGACAGUUCACGUAUCUUUUCUUUCGAUAUAAAAAAUAUUGCUUGCUCUGAGUGGGUAGUGUGAGUUGUAUGAAGAUUUACAUUAAUCUCGCAAUAUGUUUACGUUUAUGAAAAUCUGAGUUACCGACACAAUUCGCUAGAGAGGCAGCUAAGUGUUCUCAAACAAACUCAAAUGCAGUGGUACGAGUAUGUUAAACUCACACUAUGGACUGUGUUAAACUCACACUAGGGCCUCUGAAUGUACUAAGUAAAUGUAGGCUUUAGCAUUGACAGAGAUAUGCAUUUUAUUGUGUUUUGUUUUAUUGUAUUUGUUGUUUAGUCACAAUUUGACGGAUGAUAUUUUUUUAAGUAUUCUAAGCAGUGAUUAGAAGUUAUUACCUGUUUUGGGUUAAUUUCGUUGCGUGAAACAUGUUUACAAUUUUACGUUUCUGUACAAGGCAGCCGAGAAUAUUUUCUUUGUAAGUAAAAUGAAUUUUAGAAAUGUAUUUUUAUACCUGAAUAAGCAAGAAUUAUGUUGGCAGCUAUUGUUUUUUUUGAACAGUAUUAUAAUUUGAACAAGAUUUAUGUUUAAGGUGUUUCAUUGAAUAUCGUUAUAUUGCCAUUACCGACUUUAAAAAAUAAAUAUUAAUACAUGAACAUACCGGUUGCUACCAAGGCAGUAGAUAGUUGGUAUACGUAUAAUUAUCGUGUCUUUAACAAGUUUAUAAUAAUAAUAAUUUUUAUUCAAGUAAAUUUAAUUGCGAGCAUUUUAAAAUAGUCGUUUUUUUUUAUUAUUCUAUUUCGUGGUUGCAAAAGUAAUCCUCCAGAGGUUGCCUGAAAGAAGUAGUGUAAAGUGCAAAGUGCAAUAAUAUUAAUAAAACUUCAUUAACAAAUACAAGGUUGCACUGUUACAUAUUUUUUUGCCCUAGCUUUCAAAUUAGGGUAACCUGUGCCUUGGAAGCCAGUUCCUUCCAACACACAAGAACUAAUACUUUGUAUUUGUACAUGCAGAAUUAACAAUAUUAAGCUACAAAGCUAAGCAGGAUGAAAAAAAAGGAAAAAAAAAGAAAUAUUUUGUUUGUUUGUUUGUUUAUGUUAGAUUUAUUUUAAUUUUUGUUCGUACAAUCUCUUGAGUAUAAUAAAGAGUUGAUAUCUAAUGCAUUUAAUAUCUUUGAAGGUGCAUACUUUCUAAGAUAACUGUCCCGAGUAUUUAUUUUUUGAAGUCGGUUAUCUUAUGUUGUUUUUUUCAUAACGCGAAUCUCGCAAAACUCAAAGCUACGUAGUUUUGCAAAAAGUAUACUAAUAGUAGAUGUGCGAGUGAGUAGUGACAUACAUACAGACGUAAUAAAGUAUUUUGUGUA